CGAAUUGCGUCCUCGAAUAGUAAGAAAGCUCGUGAGGGUUCGCCCAGGUAUGCGAAUACCUUCCUAUCCGCCAGGUAUCCAUCGAGAGGUAUUCCUUCGUACUUCUCCAACCGAAUCGAAGUUACUGUGGUUGGGUCAUCGCUGGGCAUAGUGAUCGACUGGUAG